AUGCCUGUAGACGUGGUCAUAGCACCCCCAGUGUGGCCGGAGAUGCACGAGAGCGAGAUGAAGCUGAAGAUCAGGGUCCGGCGCAUGAAAGAGGGACGUGACCUCAGAGGGGGCUUUGCAGCCUUCUCCUGUUUCCCAAGCUUGUGUGAGAGUAAGUCAAGCACCAUCCUGCCCGUGAGCCUGUCUCAGCCAUGCCUGCCAGUGACCAACGUUGGCCCCACCCGCAUCCUGCCCCACCUUUACCUGGGCUCCCAAAGGGACGUCCUGAAUAAGGAACUGAUGGCCCAGAACGGCAUUACGUAUGUUCUGAAUGCCAGCAACACCUGCCCAAAGCCAGACUUCAUCAGUGAGAACCACUUCAUGCGCAUUCCUGUCAAUGACAGCUACUGUGAGAAGCUUCUGCCGUGGCUGGACAAAACCAAUGAUUUCAUUGACAGAGCCAAGGUGUCAAACUGCCGAGUCAUUGUCCAUUGCCUGGCAGGAAUUUCUCGCUCAGCCACCAUUGCCAUAGCUUACAUCAUGAAAACCAUGGGCUUGUCAUCAGAUGAUGCCUACAGGUUUGUGAAGGACCGCCGGCCUUCAAUAUCUCCCAACUUCAACUUUCUUGGCCAGCUGUUGGAGUUUGAGAAAGGACUAAAGAUGUUGAAAACCUUGACGUGCAGCUCCAUCAUAUCGACAUUGGAGCAUCACGAGACGGAAACCGAGACCAAAGAGAAGGCGUGUCAGAGCUCGGAGAAUGUCCUCUCAGAAGAGAGAACUCCAGAUGCACCGUUGCCUGCCUCUCUACAGAAGGGCCUCAACGGCCUCCAUUUGUCAGUCGAUCCGUCUAUUGACACCACUGAACUCAAGCGCUCCUUCUCCCUGGACAUCAAGUCUGUCUGUACGCCAAGACACAGCCCCCGAGGCACCCCUGCCGUCACACUUUCACCAAUUGACUCACAGGAUGUGCCCAAGCUCUGCAAACUGGAGAGCCCAGGGAGGGGCAAUGAGCUGCAUCCUCACCCUUCAGCGGCAUGCAUCGGUACUGUCCAAAGUUCGUUGCUGUCUUGUGCUGGAUAUGGAGAGUCCAGAGUAAAUUGCUCGCAGGAUCGAGCUAGUAAUGCCAACAUGAAGGGAUCACUUCUGCUCACUUUGCCAUUGGACACUUGUGCCACCUGGACCAAGCACAGAGAAUCAGCUCAAGCCACCACGCCAGUCACACCUACAGAUGACUCUUCCUGGUAUCCAAGGUCAGACUUGACGCCCACAGAAAACGUUGGGGGUUCGGUGUGGUGUAGCAGCAGUUCGACUUAUGUGGCAUUCAGCCGUAGCAGCAAAGUGAGCAGUCAACAGCCCCUGCAGUUCAGAGACAAAUCACAGGAGUCCCGGGACUUGAAAAGCAGCUGGCUGGAGGACACCACCAUAACAGUUAGCAGUGGGGCAUCUGAAAAGCAGUUCAAACGCCGCAGCUGUCAGAUGGAGUUUGAGGAUGGCAUCAUUGAGACUCAUAGCAGUGAGGAGCUUGGGAAGUUGGGCAAACAGUCCAGCUUCUCUGGAAGUGUGGAGGUCAUUGAAGUGUCCUGACAUACAU